AUGAGCAGUCUCGUUGAGGAAGCAGUCAAGAAGCUGACCAACACGGUCGAGAGCCUCGAGUCCAGAAUCAAGUCUCUGGAGGACCGCGCAGCUGGCGGCUCCGGCAAGCUCUCCACCGAGGAGGUUCGCAUGAUCCUCAUCGGCCCCCCCGGUGCCGUCGUACUGAUGAUGGUAUUCCGCACAGGCAAGGGCACUCAAGCCCCCAAGAUCAAGGAGAAGUUCAACUGCUGCCACUUGAUCAUUUCUAAUCGACCAUCACACUCGCAGGCCACUGGCGACAUGCUGCGAUCCCAGGUCGCCAAGAAGACUCCGCUCGGCCGGGAAGCUAAGAAGAUCAUGGACCAGGGCGGUCUGGUCAGCGACGACAUCGUCAUUGGCAUGAUCAAGGAGGAGCUCGACAACAACAAGGAGUGCAAGGGAGGCUUCAUCCUUGACGGUUUCCCUCGUACCGUCCCCCAGGCCGAGGGUCUCGAUACCAUGCUCAAGGCUCGCAACCAGACGCUUCAGCACGCCGUUGAGCUCCAGAUCGACGACUCAUUGCUCGUCGCUCGUAUCACUGGCCGCCUCGUCCACCCCGCCAGCGGUCGCAGCUACCACAGCACCUUCAACCCUCCCAAGGAGUACAUGAAGGACGACAUCACCGGCGAGCCCCUCAUCCAGCGCAGCGACGACAACGCCGAGGCCCUGAAGAAGCGCCUUGCCACCUACCACGCCCAGACCGCCCCCGUCGUCAAUUACUACAAGCAGAACGGUAUCUGGAAGGGUCUCGACGCGUCGCAGCAGCCCGGCCAGGUAUGGAAAAACAUGCUUGAGGUCUUUGACGAGCAGCGCAAGGGUGGCCACGCCUCCGGCAUUCUGAGCCGCAUUGCCGGAAAGAACUAA